AUGGAAAGUUCUCAUCGUUACACAAUGCAAUACGGAGGAUCAACUUAUCCUAAAGUUGUCUACUUCUACGCUGAUGGGAGCAGUCACGGAGAGGGCGUGCGGGUGGUUAUUCAUCCAAACCGGUUUCGCAGCUUGGAAGCCUUGUUGGAAUUUUUAACAGCAAAGUUCCCUGAUCUGCCCUAUGGUGUUCGAAGCAUCUUUUCUCCACGUGGAAGAACUCGAAUUCACGCAAUUACUGAACUCAACGGCGAUGGUCAUUACAUUGCCUCAGAUAAAAGGCAUCAAGCGAAAGGCAUUCAACUAGUAGAACGAUCUGUUCUCUUGCCUGGUUGGAAAACGGGCCGCGUUUCAAGUGGACAGAAGCUCUUGAGCUACAGCCUCAAACCUUCGGAGACCAAGGCUGUUUCGGCUGAUCAGCAGACAAAAAAACAGACUACUAAAGUGAUUUACGUACAUCAGAAUGGCAAUGCAUUCCAUCGACAUCGAAUUCUUAUUGAGGGACGGGCUGGAAACUCAUUACAAAAUCUCCUGCAAGAACUGAGCUUUACGCUCUGUGAGCCUGUUUACAAGAUUUAUACUCUAACUGGAAAAGAGGUAAAACAUUGUUUGAAAGAACAAAAAUUGUUUGAUCAAGAAUGUGUGAGGACAAAAAUUUCCAGCAAUUAG